AUGGCCGACGAACCGAGACGGUCCGGUCGCUCUACCAAGGGCCAGCACAAGAACCUCGACAUGGUAACGGAAGCUCCGUCCAAGAAGUCCAAGGGAAAACCCCAGACGAAAGACAAGCAUGCGAAGCCCUCCGCCGAACCGACACCAGCGCCUAGCGAAGAAGAAGAAAUCAUCCGGUGUAUCUGCGGCGAAUACGAAGAGGAGGAGGAUGUUGAGCGUGAUAUGAUCUGCUGCGAUCGGUGCUCCGCGUGGCAACAUAAUGACUGCAUGGGGCUGACCUUUGCCAAGGGGCAGGAGCCCGACGAGUACUUCUGCGAACAGUGCAAACCUGAGAACCAUGUGGUUCUACUUGAGAAGAUGGCUCGUGGCGAGAAACCCUGGGAGGAGGCAGCGGAACGGCGGCGCCGAGAUAUUGAGGAGAAGAAGGCUUCACGUCGAAAGAAGGGAAGAAGAGGCGGGCGCAAGAGCAAGGCUGCCGAAGGAAGACCAGAACCUCCUUCAACACCAGGGCCUGUUCCUGCACAGGCAACCCCUUCCACAACCUCGAUUACGCCAGUUCCAGCGCCACCUGCUGCUGCCACGCCCGAGCCUGAAGAACAAAAUGGCCACAAGGAGGAGGAGAAGGAUGAGCCUCGUCCGGCGAGCAAUCAGAAGCGCAAGUUUGAUGAAGAUCAGCAAGAACACCAGGCUGGAGCAGGCCCGAAGAUGAAACAACAGAAAGUUUCGCCGCCUGCUCCUAGCACCAUCACCGCUCCCAUUGUGUCCGAUACGAAAGCAACCCCAGGUAAGAGAGCCUCGACCACGCCGGCUUCUCGUCAAUCAUCGGUCAUAGAGAAGGCUACGCCUGAGGCAGUGACUCCCCUUGAGGAUCCCAAAAACCCGGCUCGGAAGAGCGUGGCCAAUGCCUUAGUCAAGCUGUUUGUAGACCAGAUUUCUGAGGCCCGGAAGCGAGGAUCCUUCAAACUGCCUCACAAUAAGUUGGGGGAGGAGGUUGCACGGCGGCUCGGUCUUUCAAUCGAGAAUGCUAUGUAUCAAAAUAUCUGCGGGGGGUCAGGAGAAACAACAGAGCCGUAUAAGUUGCAACUGCGGACGAUUUUAUUCAACGUCAAGAAAAACCCUUCUUUGCGUGAUCGUCUGCUCGUAGGCAGCCUGUCCGCAGAGGCCAUCUCUAAGAUGAGUUCUCAGGACAUGGCGAGUGAAGAACUGCAGCAAAAGGAUGCUGAGAUCAAGCGGGAGGCAGACCGGCAGCAUAUCAUCGUGCAAGAGCAAGGGCCCCGGAUUAGGAGAACCCACAAGGGUGAAGAACUGGUCGAAGACGAAACUCAUACAGCUACUUCGGAGCCAGUAUUCUCGACCGUCCCGACGCGUCUCAGCAUCGUCGAAGCGGACGGUAGUCCCUCUGUCCAGAGCCCUGUCAGCCCGACAAUCCAGCAGAACAACACCGAUGCCUCCUCCUCCGAGCUUCAGGCAAAGUCAGCCAAAGCAAAGGCAGCGGAUGGGAUGGACCAUGAUCACACCCUUCCGCCUGGUGGACACUCCCCUAGAGGCUCUCUCGACGAUCAAAUGUUCCCUGAGGUUUCGACUCAAAUUCGUGAACCGGUGCACCACGGCAAGGUCCAGGCCGACGCAGAGAUCGAUAAACUGCUGCGCGACGACGAGCCGGAUUCGCCGCCUUACUCGCCGAGAGAAUUCGCAGACGAAGGAACUGUCUGGCGUGGAAAGGUGGUGAUGAAUCCCAUUGCCGAGUUUGCCUCAUUUGCGAAGCAUGUGGGAGGCGCGGACUUGAGUGGGAGGAUCCCCUGGAGCCAACUGGCACCGUCCACGUUGUUAGUCGACGGUCGCAUCGAUAUCCAGCUGGCCAGCAACUAUCUCUGCGGACUGCGGUUCAGCACGUCGACGGACGUGACGGUGAUUUCCGUCCGCUGUCCCGAAUCGACGACAGACCGCGCCGGGUUCGACAAACUGUUCAACUACUUUGCAGAUCGCAAGCGGUACGGUGUUGUCGGCAAACAUCCCCUGGCGGCCGUCAAGGAUGUCUACCUCAUCCCUGUUGAGGCUGGAGCGACCAAGAAGCCCGAGUUCAUCGAGCUGCUAGAGAACAACUCGCUCGAAGACCAUCUGCCCGGACGGGUGCUCCUGGUCGUCUUUGUCGUCAAGACCGGCGAAUCGAACCCUCCAUCGCAGCACUCAAGCAUGGAGCCCGGCAGUGCUGGGACUCCCUUGUCAGCGAAUGCGGCCAACAAUAAUGUCGCGUUUUCGACGCCUGGUCCCCGACCUGUAGCACAGGUUGCGCCCACCCCGUCCGGGCCUUCCUCAGUCGCCACGCCAACACCUGCUCAUCCGUCUUCUUACAACAACUCCAUCCAGCAACAGCGACCGUCGUCGACCUCUCAGCCAUCCGGAGGUUACCAGCAACCGCCUUCACCGUCUCAGGCGCCGAUUGGAAUGGCGGCUGCGGUGCAAGUUCUCGGCGCGCAGGCCAACUCUCCCGCCAUCCAACAGCUGCUCCAGCAGGCCCCCAACGCAGACAUUAUACAGCUUAAUGUUGUCCGCGACAUUCUCGUCCAAAGACCUGAGGCCGCUGCGGACUAUACUUUGCUGAUGCAAGCUUUGUAUCAGGCCACCACUGUCAAUGAGCAGCAGAAUAGGAAGUAA